AUGUCUUCAUCUCUGCAGCUGUUCAAUGGCGGUACAGCAGGUGUCAUCUGGAUGAUGAUUAUUACAUGGAUCUUCGUACUAGCGAUGAUCGCAUCUCUCGCUGAGAUGGCAUCGAUGGCUCCAACUGCCGGUGGCCAAUAUCAUUGGGUCAGCGAGUUCGCACCGCCAUCGUUCCAGAAGUCGCUCAGUUACAUCGUGGGAUGGUCUGCGGCCGUUGGAUGGGUCAGUGGCAUCCCCGCAUGUGCGCAAAUGCUUUCAAGUCUCGUCAUUGGGAUGGUCCUCCUCGCGUAUCCAGACGCGGAAAUCGGAAAGCUAUGGCACGUCACGCUUCUGAUGAUGCUCUGGUUAAUACUCAUGGUUGGAUUCAACAUCUUCCUGGCACAACAUCUGCCUCUCGCUGAAGGUAUCGUUCUUGCCUUGCAUGUGUUCGCCUUCUUCGCCUUCCUGAUCCUUUUUUGGACCAUGGCGGAGCGUUCGCCUGCGGAGGAGGUUUUCACUACAUGGACGAAUGGAGGAGAGUGGAGCUCGAUGGGCGUGUCUGCACUAGUCGGCCUCUCAACCCCACUGUGGUGCUUCAUUGGUCCAGAUGCGGGUGCCCAUAUGUCUGAGGAGUUGAAAGAUGCCUCCGUAGUACUUCCUAAAGCGAUGAUGUGGGCUGUCUUCUUCAAUGGCAUCUUUGGAUGCAUCAUGAUGAUCACUUUUGUGAUGUGCGGCGGUGCUCUCGACUCGGUCCUAGAAUCGCCAACGGGACAACCUGUUCUCCAAGCCGUAUACAACGCCACAGGCUCCAUUACCGGCACAGAAAUCAUGGGAGCAGUGCUCGUCGUUCUUGUCUUCUUUGCAGCAGUGUCUGUCACUGCGGCUUCUUCGCGUCAAAUCUGGGCCUUCGCGCGCGAUAAAGGACUUCCGUUCUCUGCGUGGAUUGAGCGAGUACCAGCCGGCUGGGACAUUCCCGUGAAUGCGCUUCUUGUUUGCCUGGGAUUUUCGUGCGUGCUCGCAUGCAUCAACUUCGGUUCCGAUGUCGCUCUAAACGCCAUCGUCUCUAUCUCCAACGCUGCCCUCAUCUUCUCCUACAUCAUAUCGAUUGGAUGUGUCCGAUUGAAGCGUCUCCGCGGUGAGCCAUUGCUGCCCCGACGCUGGAGCUUGGGCAAGUUUGGAGGCAUCGUCAAUGACCUUGCUCUUGCUUUCCUGGUAGUGUCCUUCAUUUUCUCUUUCUUCCCCAUCGUCCCGAACCCUUCUACUACUGACAUGAACUUUGCGUCGCUCAUGUUUGGCGCUAUGGCGAUAAUCGCUACAGUCAAUUAUUUCAUUAGUGCACGGAACAGCUAUAUCGCGCCCGUCUCACUCGUUAAACAGGACUAG